AUGAUCUCCGACCAAGCAAUCAUUGUCAUAUGCAUCUUCAGCGCCGCCGCCGUGGUCACUAUGGGGUACGCAGUUCAUAGAAUAUUCAGCAAAGCGAGCUAUGUCGGCCAUAACUUCACCUUGCCCGACUCGCAGAGGCAAUACAUGCGCGAGUUGCGCGAAAGAAAUAUAAUGGAUGCAUUCGGAGAUCCCGGACAGCAACCACGACAUCAUCAUCACCCGACGGAUAUGUAA